AUGGCGUCAGGCCUUGCAUUUCGUCGGAAUGAGCUGCAGGGGUACACCAUGACCCUUCCUGAGCAUGUAAGAUCGAUCGAUGACUGGAGUGAUGGACACAUGCGUCGCCGUCCUGGAUCUUCCAAACAGCGAGUUUUCCAGUCUCAGGGACGACCAUCACGCGGAACUCUUGGACGGCUGCCUACAGAAGUCCUUCAUGCCAUUUUGCGCUUCUUGGAUGUUCGAACCGUUCUGACUGUUCGACGGAUCAACAACUUCUACUGUUACAUCGUCGAUGGAAUGUCUGAAUACCAUCUAAUCCAAUCUCAUGCUCCAGAGACAUUUAAAGUGAUGAAUGCGACAAAGUCGAGUUCAUUCAUCUCGCUGAAGGACCUCUUUGCUGAAUUCACCCGUUCUCCUCCUCGGUGCUACACCUGCAGUGAUUUUGGCCCCUAUCUAUAUCUACUCGGUUGCCAUCGAUGCUGCUUCAAUUGCCUUCUGACAAGGUCAGAAUAUCAUCUGGGAUUACCAUCUAAUGUGGAAGUGGCAUAUGCUAUUCCCAAGGAAUUGCUAGAUCAGCUUGAUCAAAUAUACAGUCUUCCGACAUGCAGGCUGUGGGUCUGUACCACCACUUCUACGGGGAGGUAUAAUCUUGUUAGCAUUCCAGCUGCCCAGAAGUUUGCGAUUGAGAUUUACGGGAGUCUGGACGCUGCGCACUUGGCAGCUGAUCGACUCUAUGAUGAGGCCAUGGUGCAAUGGGAAACACAGCGAGCUUUCAACGGCAAAUCGUAUAAUAAGCAAAGAGAGCCCACCAAACCCCAUGUAUUGCGAGCGAACCCCCUCGCUCCGCGAUAUCUCUCAACUGCUGCCCCCUUGGGUGCUAUGAUAUUCCCUUUCUGGGACAUCCCCCGACAGAGCCUGGAAGAAGGGGUAUACUGCAGCGCAUGCGUUCUUGCACCAGACUCUUUUUAUUUUUCAGACGAUGAGGCCUUCCAGAAUUAUCAUCGAGCUUACCUCCUACGGGAGAUCCCUAGACAUUUUCAGCGAUGCCGUGCCGUAAAAGAGGGAUAUGGUGCCUUGAUUCGGCAGCAGCAGCUUAAAAUGCCAUUCUGGAACUCACGCUCAAAUUACCGACAACAACCCAAGAUUGUGGGAGAGGAGUUCUUUGUGAACUCUGACGGACAGAUCGACGAAUCGUUGAUGGAAGAAUAUAAGUAUUGGCAGGAGCUAGAGCGCUUUAACGAUCUCAUGCGGAAACUUGCGCCACAGGAGCCAAAGAUCAAGGACGGCAAUAAUAAAGCGAUCUACCUCACCGACGAAGAAAACGGUCAUCUAAGACAAGGAAGGCUGUCGAGCCUGUUGAGGUAG